AUGGGCAAUUUUCUUGCACAGAAGACUUGCUCUCCAGCUCUGGAUGAAGAUUCAGAGACUUACAUCAGCAUGAAACAACCACAUUUGUCAGAGAAUCGUGGUUUAGUUUCAUCAAACAAACGAAAAAUGGUUUCAGACCAUGAAGCUCCCACUAAAAGGUUUAAGGUUUCUGAAGAAGACAAACUCUCUGAAAACAACCCUAACAUCAUACAAACAGAGAAAUUCUCAACUAAAUGCAUUUCCUUUGACGGUGAAAAUCCAGAAAAGGAAUGCAGAUGUUUGGUUACUGAGAAUGGAUCGACGUCUGCCAAAAGCAGAAACGUUUUUGAUCGCAAGUCUCUCACAAAAACGUCUAGGAUCUCAGAUGAAGGCUGUUUAUCCACAGACAUACAGGCUCCAGUAAAAAGGGUCUCAAAGAGGUUAAUCGACCUGGAUGGUGAGGGAUCUGAAAGUCCAGCAAAGAGACUCAGACUGUUAGCUUCUGAAAGUCCCUUGCCUUCAGCUAAAGAGCUAUUUGACGCAAAAUACAAGCAACAAAACCAACUCGGAAAGGGUGGCUGUGGAUCUGUUUAUGGUGGCUACCGCAGGGCAGACAAUUUGCCAGUGGCAGUCAAAUACAUACCGAAGGAAAAUGUUGUCUGGACUGAAAAGAACGAGAAUGGCCAGCAGCUCUCUGUUGAGGUAGCCGUCAUGCUAAAACUUCAGAAAGAGAAAACCAGUUCGGUGGGGAAGUCAGCUCCAGUUUCCCUCCUGGACUGGUACGACUUAAACGAAGAACAGAUUCUGGUGUUGGAGAGACCAGUACCUGCAGUGGACCUGUCACAGUUUAUUGAAAAUAACAAAGGGCCUCUACAGGAGAACCAGGCUAAAACUAUUGUAAAACAGCUGGUUGAUGCUGUCAAUCAUCUGGAGGACACCAACAUCUUCCACAGAGACAUCAAACCUCAAAAUAUUCUGAUUGAAACAGGAUCAGAAAUCCCUCAUCUGCGACUGAUUGACUUUGGACUGAGUUGUUUCACCGACAAAGAGUAUGAAGACGGCUGGUUCUACGGCACAGAGAAGCACGCCCCUCCUGAGUAUAUUUCUAAAAGCAUUUACGAGGCAGGACCAGCAACUGUGUGGCAGGUAGGGGUUGUUCUCUAUGAAAUGCUCCACGAAAGUUUGUUUGACUCUACAAAAUUUCUCAAAAAUGAACUCAAAAUCAGGACGGAUCUCUCUCCAGACUGUAAGAGACUCCUAAAGAGCUGCUUCAUGAGAACCCCAUGGCGACGUCCCACCUUAAAGCAGCUCCAAAGUCACCCUUGGCUUUUAUAAAACGCAGAAACUAAAGUCUUCAAGGGUGUGGAUUCAACUCAACCAGCACCGAGCUAGAUCCCUCCUAACUCAGUCGCCCUUCGACCACCAACAGAGUCACUCAUCCUCCCUCUGGAUUUCUCUCAACCCACUGCAGGACUGGGGUCAAAAAACGACCCUGGCGGUCCACCAUAGCUAUUUAUAUGACAGGAUUUGCAAAAGAUACACAAAAUACCUGAUAAUUUAUGUGCACAAUGUGUUAGAGGCUUUAAAAAAAGCCUAAGGCAUUCAAUAAUCUUCUCAGUGUGACGUUGGGACAGGAUUACACCAAUCAAGUGUUUUUUAACUAAAACACAGUUUAUGACCAAAAAUUAGCUAAGAUAAAACUCAAUUCUUACUCAUAACUUCAAAAAUUAGCUUUGUAAGUUUGCUUCUGAGCUUCUUAUGCAGGUAGAGUAAUACUGCUGUAAAGAGGAGUCUGGGCUUUAAACAGCUGCUUCUCUGAAUAGGAUCACGUUGCUUGUUGCAACUGUGUUUUUCUUCAAUAUGUGUGUUUAGCUUUUAUUCAAUUCUUCAUUUUAGCAUCAUAUUUGAGGUAGACAACGUGGAUCCUAUCAUAAGUACGGUACUUUGGCAUAACCUAGUUUAAAAACUCAGAAAAACACACAAAAGCAAACAAACAAGAAGUUUAAAUAAGCAAAUGGCUAAAAGCGUAACAGCUUCACUAAGCAGAAAAACAUUUAGUCAGCAGUUUCUUUAAACAGCUAAGUUUAGAAGUUUAAUAAUUAAAUGUGGUAAAAACAAAAACACAAGUAGAUAGCAGGUGCAACGAAAUUGUUA